AUGAAGCAGGCGGGGCUAACCAUCAACCCCCGCAAGGUGCAGCUGGCACCGCCUAGGAUCAGCCUCCUCGGCUACAUGGUGGACGGAGGAGCAAUCAGUCCUAGCGAUGACAAGCUAAAGGCGAUCAUGGAUCAGCUCCACCGUGAUUGGGAUCUUCGUCUGGCUGAACUCGCGUUCGCUACACGGACAACAGUGAACAGAUCCACAGGCUUCACCCCGGCGUUCCUGAACUUCGGAGGAGAGGCACCUUUUCCAGUGGAGAAUGCUCUACGCCUCCGGGAUGGCAGUACCCGGCCUCUUUAUAGGUUUGCUGAGGACCUCCGGAGUCGACUGGACGUUGCAGCACGGACGGCUCGGGAGAAUCUGGACGUCGAACGGUUGGACCAGGCUCGUCAGUACAACCGAGGACGACGGAAUCUCACCUACAGCGUCGGUGAACUCGUCCUUCGACGGACUCACCCGCAAGUGAUGCCGCACGCGGCUUUGCAGCUUCGCUCGCAGAUAGGUGGGAUGGCCCCUUCGAGGCGAAGAAACGGGGCCAGUACAUAUCUCGGACCUGAAGACUUACCACCUCCGAGACCCCGAGGGCGAAGAAGCAGAUGGUCAGCUUCCUCCUCAAGACCUGGACCAGGAUCCCGCUCCCCAACCUUCCAGUCGCAACAGUUUGCGUCCCCGCAGGCGACGCACGUAGCUGCCACUAUCUCCAUCGCUAGAACCUGUAUGUCUCAGCAAGCAAAGAGGUCAGGAGACGGACAGUUCCGGCGACCCGUUCCCAACCACCAGGCCCAGCUAUGACAAGCCAGCGGCGUUUCCAUUCGGUCGCGACGUGGACCGUAGUCUCCGAAAACAAGCCGAUCUCCUGGGUCUCCCGGUCGAAGUGGUUCUCUCAGGCCAGACCUCUUCGCGGCA